CUGAGGUGCUGUCGGAUUCCGGAAUCCGGCGGACUCCGCUGUGCACGCCAAUAACGCCAAUAACAACAAUAAUAACAAUAAUAAUAGUAAUAACAACACUGAAUCAGCACAGCAACGAGAGAAGUUUCUGGCGCGCAGAUCGAACUGAAAAGCAAAUCAAAAAAUUAUAAACAAAAAUCGGGAGAGAAAUUCAAUUCAAUAAAAGAGGUCCGAAAAAAAAUACAAAAUACAAACCAACAACCCUAGGCGUAUAGUACAAAAUAAGAAUGAGAAGAAAACGUUAAUCAGCCCGCCGAAAUCGAUCCACUAAGUCGGAACCACAACAAACUAAAUGUAUGUAGUGUAUGUUAGUUUAUUUUAGUGUGUAGAAGUGGAACAACCAAAUACAUAAGUACAAAAGUCAACAAGCCAACAACGAAAUGAAUACCGUGAUGCCGACGCCCACUCAUUUGACAGUGCAGAGUCAAGUUCAAUUCUAAUUCUCUAUUUAAAACAAACAAAAAACAAAACAAAAAGAAAAGAAAAGGUAAAAGGAAAAAACGCAUAAAUAAACACAAAACAAAACGUAAAAAUUAAAGCGAAAAGCAAACACGAAAGGUAUCCAAAAUAAAGUUAGUCAAUUUAAAAAUCCCGAUACCUGAGCAAACUAAGCACGCAACACACCGCAGGCCAAUUCGCAUUUCGAAUCAGUCCCCCGAAUAAUCAAGAACUGUGCAACAGCAACAACAGCAGCAGCAUAAACAAUAAUAACAACAAUAACAACAACAACAACCACAACACAUCAACUGAACAAGAACAAGAACAAAUCGCAUUCAAAGAUGAUGCUAACGACGGAACACAUUAUGCACGGGCAUCCCCACUCGUCGGUCGGUCAGAGUGCAUUGUUCGGCUGCUCCACAGCGGGACAUAGCGGCAUUAAUCAGUUAGGCGGCGUCUAUGUCAACGGUCGUCCCUUGCCCGACUCCACGCGACAAAAGAUCGUCGAGUUAGCUCAUUCCGGCGCGCGUCCAUGUGAUAUUUCGCGAAUACUUCAAGUUUCCAACGGCUGCGUUAGCAAAAUAUUGGGCAGAUACUAUGAAACCGGAUCAAUAAAACCUCGAGCAAUAGGAGGUUCCAAACCUCGCGUAGCCACAACGCCCGUCGUACAAAAAAUUGCCGACUACAAAAGGGAAUGCCCCAGCAUAUUUGCGUGGGAAAUUCGGGAUCGAUUGCUAUCGGAGCAAGUUUGUAAUAGUGAUAAUAUUCCAAGCGUUUCAUCUAUUAAUCGGGUCUUGCGCAAUUUGGCAUCACAAAAGGAGCAGCAGGCCCAGCAGCAGAACGAGUCGGUGUAUGAGAAACUUCGCAUGUUCAAUGGACAAUCCGGUGGCUGGGCCUGGUACCCGAGUAACACAACGACGGCACACUUAGCACUGCCGCCAACACCAACAACAGUAGCAACGAACUUGUCUGGACAAAUAGCUCGGGAUGAUGUUCAGAAACGUGAUCUCUAUCCCGGCGACGUGUCGCAUCCGAACUCGCACGAAAGCACUUCUGAUGGAAACUCCGACCACAAUUCUUCUGGCGACGAGGACUCACAGAUGCGGCUACGGCUAAAACGGAAGCUACAGCGAAAUCGCACCUCAUUUACAAACGAGCAGAUUGACAGCUUGGAGAAAGAAUUCGAAAGGACACAUUAUCCGGAUGUAUUUGCACGGGAGAGGCUUGCAGAAAAAAUUGGUUUGCCAGAGGCACGUAUUCAGGUUUGGUUCUCCAAUCGCCGUGCGAAAUGGCGCCGCGAGGAGAAACUGCGCACCCAACGACGCUCGGCCGACAAUGUUGGCAGCAACAGCGGCCGCACAAGCACAAACAAUCAGUCCGGAGCAGCUGCGUCCACAGCUGCCACAACGGCCAGCAACUCGGCAGCGGGCAUUGUUAGUUCUGCCGGCUCCGAUGUGACUACGGCCGCACAUGCUGGCAACAAUAGCUUGGCCGAGAAUUCAAAUGGGCCCACAAUUCUCGGCGGCGAUGCUGGCGCGGCGCACACAAGCUCUGAGAGUCCGCCACUGCAGGCGGUGGCCCCACGCUUGCCAUUGAACACUGGUUUCAACACAAUGUACUCCUCCAUCCCGCAACCCAUUGCCACGAUGGCAGAAAACUAUAACUCAAUGACCUCCUCACUCAGUUCGAUGACGCCCACAUGCUUGCAGCAACGGGAGAGCUACCCAUAUAUGUUUCACGAUCCGUUGUCGCUCGGCUCCCCGUAUGCGGCACACCCACGUAACACUCCCUGCAACCCAGCAGCGGCCCACCAACAGCCCCCCCAACACAGCGUCUAUGGCAAUAGCUCGGCAGUAGGGACGGCUAAUACAGGUGUAAUAUCUGCUGGCGUUUCAGUGCCUGUUCAGAUAUCGACACAGAAUGUCUCUGAUCUGACGGGCAGUAAUUAUUGGCCACGUCUUCAGUGAUCGUCAAUUUUUAAUUUG